AUGCACGAUAACGUGGAAUCGCAAAUUCCCACGCGCACGGACAGCAUGAUUACGAACACAGUCAAAGGUCCACUGGAGGUUGACACCUCUAGACAGGAUGGUGAAGAUCUGAUGUCGACGGAUCCUGAGGGUACUUUAGACACGUUAUUCGCGAAUGCAAAAAACGGUCUCAGAGACAUGAAAUCAUCGCAGUUAGUCGACAUGUUGAAACCGCUAAAGAUAUUCGGCGACGUGGCUGCAUCAAUCGCGCAGCUCAAUCCCUAUGCAAGUAUAGCAGUUGGAGUGCUAUUUUCUGCGUCUGAAGCCAUUCUGAAACAAGAAGAGCGCGACGACGAUGUGAAGGAUCUGUUUUCGAAGAUCUUGGACGUGUAUAGCUUGGUGAUAAAAAGGAAAGAACAAGCUACGGAUCGCUCGAUGGGAAAGGUAUUAAUGGAUCUCGCGCAACAAGUACGGGUGUGUGUCGAUUUCAUUGUUUGUUACACGAAGGACAAGAAUUACUGGUUAAGAUUAUUUGAGAGCGCUAGGAAGAAUACAGGUGCAGUGAUCAAAGAGUACAAUGCAGCCCUUGACGAUCAGAUGCAAAGGUUCCGCGACCAGAAUGCUCUUCAGACGACUCUGUUUGUGUAUAGAAUUGCUGACGACGUAAACUUGAACGACAUGGAAUAUGCAAGUGGUGUCUCGCUGAACACGUCCAAGCAAUGCCUCGAAGGUACUCGGACGGACAUUCUUUUGGAGAUCAAAGACUGGAUGAGCAAUAUCGCAAAUGACGCGAAACAGAUUAUGUGGAUCUCUGGAAUGGCAGGCAAGGGAAAAUCGGCGAUUGCGCAUACGAUAGCCGGCUGGGCUCAAGCUUGUGGGAUGUUUGGAUCUUGCUUCUGUUUUGAUCGUACUCGGGAAGGAGGCCGUCUUCACGAGAAGAUAUUUACCACCAUCGCGCGUGACUUGGCUGAUCACGAUCCUCUCGUGCGUCGGGCGUUGGCGGAUGCGAUCCGUGACAAUAACGAACUGAGGCACUCCACGGACCUGCGUAGGCAAUGGGAGCAACUUAUUGUUGGGCCGAUACGUGCGGCCUCGAAGAUAGUUCGUGCGCCCAUACUUAUCGUUAUAGACGCCCUCGACGAGAGCGGUGGACGGGAGACCCGUGAAGACAUUCUACGCGUGCUCACGGGCGGACCGGACAGGUUGUCGCAAUCGACGACGAAUCUACCUCCAAAUAUACGUAUUGUGUUAACGUCUCGGCCACUGCCAGAUAUCGAAAGUGCCAUCAAGGGAGCGCCGCACAUUCGACAGAUAUCUCUGGAUGCUGUCACUCGGGAAUCUGCAGAGCCCGAUGUGAAACGUUAUAUUGCUUCAAAUUUGAAGCCUCUAGGGGUAUUUCAGGAUGCUGACUUCCAAAUACUUGCGCAGAAGUCUGACGGACUGUUCGAAUGGGCUCGUCUCGCAUGCUCGCACAUCAAUAACCAGAACUCGAUAGGUCAGACGCCUAUACGCCGCUUUCAAGCUGUCGUCGCCGGGACGUCGGCCAAAGGGGCAUCACUCCUGGAUGAAAUAUAUAAGCUUGUCUUGGGAGAGGUCAUGCCAGAGAGCGAGCGUGGGGACGUGCUGCCCUUGUUUCGCUCGAUAAUGGGCCAGGUUAUAACGUGUCUGGAGCCCCUCUCAAUUCGUGCGUUGACUGCAAUGCGAAAGGUUCUUCCACGGAAUGACAGCAUUGAUGAUGAAGACCAGGAUGAAAAUAUCGAAUGUUUUCUCGGGCCUCUGGGUUCACUUCUCGCCGGCGUCACAGACCUUCAGACGCCAGUCCGGCCUCUACACGCAUCGUUUUACGACUUUUUGACAGAAGAAAGGCGGAGCGGGGAGUUUCAUAUCGGAGAGCCGUCAACACACCACCAAAUGCUGGCGUUUGCGUGUUUGAGUAUUAUGAAGGUCGAACUAUGUUUCAACAUCUGCAGGCUGGAGAGCUCCUACAUUCCGAACUCAGGUGUAACUGACUUGCCACAGCGCAUCGAAAACUUCAUUUCCUCUCAGUUGAAUUACUCUUGUCGAUUCUGGACAUUCCACGUGUUGGCCACGCCUAUCGAGCCAGCUCUGGCGGAUGAGCUCGGGGGCUUCUUCAAAGAGAGAGUACUGUUCUGGCUCGAGGUGCUGAGUCUUACACAAAGUCUGAGUGGUCCCGCGUCAGCGUUGUAUUCAAUUUCAUCCAUGUUCACGGUACGUCCUUGUACAUCGACGUUCGGCGGUCAUACAUGA